AUGAUCAAAGAACACGGAGUUAAUCCGGCUGACUUUCAUAUCGUCGCUCAUAGUUUGGGAGCUGCUGUCGCAGGCUACGCCGGACAUCGUAUCAGUGGACUCGGACGCAUCACAGGUCUCGAUCCGGCCAGUCCAUUUUUUGAAAACACCGAUCCAAUCGUGCGUCUUGAUGCAAGUGAUGCAAAAUUUGUUGACAUUAUUCAUACAGAUGGGUCGCCUACCCUUCUUCUUGGCUUCGGCACUCUCACACAAGUGGGUGAUGUCGAUUUUUACCCAAAUGGAGGCAUGAAUCAACCGUCAUGUGAUAAGACGUCAGCCAAACUUAUUCAUGCCAUUCUCAACUUGGGUCCACUUGACAUUUUCGGUCCUAUGGAUAUUCAAGGUGAGUGUAACAUGUACAAUGUUUAAUGAAUCUAGAAGAAAUUCAACCGAGUUGAGCGUCGUACAUGUUCUGCAUACAGAAAAUAAAUGAACAUAAUCAGAGACAGUGAAAGUGAGGAAUAUAUACCGUGCAAUAAUUCAAAAUUCGUAUCAUAGGUUUCUUUAACACAACAAUGUGCAGCCACUUUGCUGCCGUUCAUCUAUUCACCAAUUCGAUUCUCAAUCGGUGUAUCUAUCGAGGAUUUUCAUGCGAAAGUGACGAAGCUUUUCAGAAAGGAGAAUGUAUACUGAAUGCUAACGAAGGAAAUUUCAUGGGCUAUCAUGCAUCUCCAAAUAAACCACGUGGACGACUCUAUCUCAAUACCCAGAUGGCAGACAAAGCUCCCUAUUGCAGUAAGUAAUUUUGACGUUUGACAAACAGAAACACAAUGAACAUGUUUUCUGCAGUGAAUCACUAUCAGAUUAGGUUGAUGUCGGGUUCAAAUUUUGUUCAAACAAAAGGUCAAAUUCUUCUAACACUCACCGGUAGUCAAGCUACACAAAGUGUUCUCCUUGAUUCGUGAGUCUAGAUUGAUACUUUAAGCAACUCUUCUUUUCAUUUAGUGACGAGACAUUUUUGAAACGAAACGGUAUUGAAACUCGUUAUAUUCCACUCACAACUGAUUUGGGUAUGAUUCAACAUGUCAACGUUAAGUUCGAACGUGCAGGUCAUUUGAUUUCCUCACUGAUCUAUUCGAGCAAAUGGACAUUCACAAAUGUGACUGUUAUUGAUGGCGAUCGACAGAUCAGGUUAGUAGAAUGUUCUUCAGAUGAACUUCAAUUUAAUUUCUACUGUAUCUAGUGUGACAUUCUGUCCCAAGAACGACGCCAUGGUACUUGAAUCUGGCGGCAGUACUGCAAGAUUUUAUCCAUGUUAAUUAACAUAUUAUUGAAAAAAAUAAAAAAAAUGAGAUUUUCUUUCAUCCGUUCAAGAUGACUAACGAUAUAUCGAGUUGAUGACUUCGACAACAGUCAAUCAUAAAUCAUAAUAAAAAUUGUGUAGAUUUAUAAAAUGAUCUGCAUGAUAUUGCAAGUGAUGAGGGGUAAACAGCAGAGACUUCGCUUUUGAAGUCCUCUGAAAUUCCAGAAGUCUCUUAAAAUCUUAUGAAAUCUCAUGAAGUCUCUUGAGAUGUUACGAAGUCAUAUUAAGUCUCAUGAAUUCUGUUAAAGUCUUAUGAAGUCUUCUGAAUUUUUCCGAGUAAACUUAGCGUAAAAAUAAUUCAUAAGAAAUCGAAUUAAGUCGUGAGAUUUUUGACGAUCUUAUUUUAGCAGAAAUAUGAAGCUUUAUUGUGUUGCCAACCUGCUCGAAAAAUUCGUGUUCGGUUGAACAAAAAACAAUCAUAAUUAAUAGUUCAAAUACUUUUAAUACAGAUAUUCAUUUACAUAUGAAAGCUUGUAUCAAUUAGAUAUCAAAGUUAUAAAGAAUUUUAGUCUUUUUUGUUUGCUUCCAUCCCUCGUGAAAGUCUAUCAGUCGAUGAACGAGUAGUUUUAUCGGUAAAUAACCAACACGCUAUUUGCUUAUGUAUAAAUUUAACGUUUUUAUUUAUUUGCAUCUGAAAAUAAGAGCUGUUCAAUGCUGGAUUGAUCGAAUCGAAUAUUCGUAUACCAUUGAAGUUCAUCUUAUCGGUUUUAGUUUCAUUUACAUCUUGCGUGUUUGUCACAUCUUGUUCUUCUUCGUUAAAGUUGAACAAAUCAUUAUUAAUUUCAUUACCUUCUAUUAUUUCAUCAUCAUAAUCAGAUUCAGAAGUUGAUGAUGAAUCUAAAUUAAUUUCCAGUCUAACACUGUCGAAUAUAUUUUUACUUGAAUCAUGUAAUUCAAAAGCAGUGUGUCUGUUUAAUGUAUUCAGUAUAUUCAAGUUACUAACUAACUCUUUUGCAUGAUUAAAUGUAGCUAAAAUUUUCAUUUCAAAUUACCAUAAGUAUUUAUCUUUGAAAAAAAUCGUGAAAUUACGGUAACUCUAUGAAUAAGUUCUAUAUCGGUAAUGAGUUGGAAUUGAAUUGAGUCUAAUUAUGAUGCAAAAAAAGAGAACUAUGUUGAAAACCACCAACUUUGAAACAAAAACUUUAGCUGUAUUCUAUUUUAUUAUUGAGUUUAUACAUAUCAAUAAACUAUUAUAUACCAUUAUGAAAAAGAAUUUCUUUUAAUCGGCAUCUAAUAGAUAGUGUGCUUUGCAAGGCACAAAGGGUGUGGGUGGGUGUGGGUGUGGGGUGGGUGUGGGUGUGAGUGUGGCUGUGGCUGUGGGUGUGAGUGCGAGUAUGGGGGAGAUGUGGAUGUGGGUGUGGGUGUGGGUGUGGGUAGGUAUAAGUGUGGGUGUGGUUAUCAUCUGUUCUAUACAUCCUCACCUACAACCACACCAAUACUGGCAUCCACCCACACCUUCACCGACGCCCACAUCCAUAUUCACACUCACUCACACCCUCACCCAUCCACGCCCACUCCCAAACCCAUACCCACACUCACAUCUAUGCAAACCACUCCACGCUCACACCGACACCCGUCCAAACUCACACCGACACCCAUCCAAACUCACACCCACACAAACACCCAUCCACACUCACACCCACAUCCACACCCAUCCGCACCCACACCCACACCCACACCCACACACACCCACGCCCCACACCCAUCCACACCCACACCCACACCCACACAAACACCCACACCCACACCCACCCACACUCACACCCUUAUAAACAUGUCAUUUUUGAUAUCAUCAUAGGUUAGUAAUCACCUUUUUUCUUUUUCAUUUCAAUUUGAAAAAGUUCAUUCGCAUUUGACUACUUGUCUUUAGAUACUGAUUUUGCCAUUUUUAUGUGAUUGUUUUUUAUUAUUAACAUUAAGAGACGUUCCACGAGAAAAUGAACCUACUCACAUAUAAGCCU